AUGCUGGAUGAGCAGGAGUAUGGUGAUGAUGCUGGUGCUAGGAGGCGUGCUGAGAGGGAACUAAGAGAGAGGGAUAGGGGACAAAGACGUAGAAUGCCAGGAGCGGUGUUUGGUGGGGAUAGUUCGGAUAGUGAGGAUGAUGAUGAUCGUAUGGGGGCCUAUGAGAGGAAGAGGCGUAGAUUAGAGAGGUUGAGGAGAGCUGCACAGGCAGAGGAUGACGAUGCUGCUAUGGACGAGGAGUUCGAUGCCGAUCUUAUCGAUCUUAAUAAUGAGGAGGUUGGACCGGACACUGACCUCUCUCCGGAUUCACGUUUGGGCAAGAAGAUUAUUGCCAACUUCAGCAAGUUCUUACAGACAUUCAUCGACCCAACAGAGGAUGCCAAUGAACCCUAUUAUUCUGAGAAGAUUCAUCAUAUGUGUGCCGAGGGGAAGACAUCCUUCACAGUAUCCUUCCAUCCUCACCUGGCUGAUUGGUCGCCUUUCAUGGCACAGUGGCUGUGUGAUCGUCCCCAUCAUAUACUCAAGCUGCUGCUUGUAUCGGCUACUGAGUUCACUAAAAAGAAAUAUAAGGAGCUGUUCGCCAAUGACCGUCAUCGAGAGAUCAACGUACGCAUAGUCAGCUUCCCAGUUGUUGAUCUGAUAAGGAAUCUUCGGGCAUUCCAUAUCAAUAAGCUAGUCAAUGUUGUUGGUGUUGUGACCCGUCGUUCUGUGCUACUACCUAAACUACGCGUACUCUACCUCACCUGUAUGAACUGUCAGUUCCUCUGUGGACCUUUUGACCUUUCUGCCAGCGAAGAGAGUGGAACUAGCUUCAGGCCGGGCCAUUGCCCAGAGUGUCAGAAUACUGGACCGUAUGCUGUCAAUCGUGAGGAGACUGUGUACAAGAAUCAUCAGGUUAUCACACUACAGGAGGCACCUGGAUCGGUACUACCUGGUCGUAUGCCAAGGAGUGUUGAAGUUAUCCUCAGUGAUGAUUUGGUCGAUAGUGUUAGGCCUGGUGAUCAGUGCUCUAUUGUCGGAACCUAUCAUGCUAGGUAUGACAGUGCAGGUAACGUGAGAGCAGGGUUCCCAGUAUUCAAGUGUGCUAUUGAUGCUAAUUCCAUAGUAAGGCAGAAUGAGAUGAAGAUAGAGAGUGUCAGAGAUGAGGAUAAGAGAGAAAUAUUCGCGUUAUCGAAGGAUCCCCAUGUCAGGGAGCGAAUCAUUGCUUCAAUUGCCCCAUCUGUCUAUGGUGCUACUACAGUGAAGACAGCUUUGGCUAUGGCCCUCUUUGGUGGAAGGGAGAAAGUAGCGCAGGGUAGACAUAGGAUAAGAGGGGAUAUCAAUGUCCUGAUCCUCGGUGAUCCAGGGCUUGCCAAGUCACAAUGCCUUAAAUUCGUCAAUAAGCUCUUCCAGCGUUCAGUGUACACCACGGGUAAGGGAGCUAGUGCCGUUGGUUUGACGGCAUCAGUUCGUAAAGACUAUCAAACUGGAGAGUACACGCUUGAGGGUGGAGCUUUGGUAUUGGCUGAUAGUGGUAUUUGCCUGAUCGAUGAGUUUGAUAAGAUGAAUGAUGCUGAUCGUACCUCCAUCCAUGAGGCUAUGGAGCAGCAGAGCAUAUCUAUAUCUAAAGCGGGUAUUGUGGCAUCCCUCUCAGCCAAGUGCUCAGUCGUAGCAGCUGCCAACCCUGUCGGAGGUCGAUACAACCCUAGUCUUACCUUCACUGACAAUGUAGAUCUCACGGACCCCAUCUUAUCCCGUUUCGAUGCUCUAUGUGUGAUACGAGAUGAGAUAGAUAUAUUCCAAGAUGAGCGUCUGGCCGACUUUGUCGUCUGUACCCAUAUGCAAAACCAUCCCCGUGAGCCCAACGACAACGUGAGGCCUCGGAACCAGGAGACGGAAGCGCUAUACGAACCCAUCGAUCAAGACCUUCUGAGGAAAUAUAUUCUCUAUGCAAGGACGAGUGUAUUCCCCAAGAUAUCGGAUGUGGAUGCAGACAAGUUGGCCAACUUCUACAAGGAAAUCAGAUCAGCUGCCUCUGAUAGUCACGGGCUUCCCAUGACGGUCAGGCAUAUAGAGUCGAUGAUCCGUAUGGCUGAGGCAAGUGCUAAGAUGGAGCUUAGAGACUAUGUCACCAGUAAGGACAUUGAUCAUGCCAUAGCCACUAUGCUGAGUUCCUUCAUUAUGACGCAGAAGCAUGCUGUUGCCGAGAGGCUCCGUCGGAGGUUCGAAGCCAAAUACAUCUCGAGUGUAGCAGAUCAUAAUGAACUACUUCACUUCAUGCUUAGGAAAAUGUUCAAACAACAGAUGGAUUUGGUCUUGCUCACGACUGGUAUUGGUAGAGAUGCAGCAGAUGUUGACGAUGCGGACAUACCCGAGAUAACAAUUGAUAAGGCAGCUUUCAUUCAUGAGGCUCAACAAGCUGAUUUGAGGAACGUUCGAGAGUAUAUGGAAUCGGCCCUGUUCGCUGAGGUCUUCACUCUUGGCGAGGACGGCAAGACUAUAAGGCGGAAGGCUGUCGCUGCUGCAGCCUAGACAGGGAUACCAUUAUGCAUGACAUUAACUACUAAUUUGAGUAUUCACAGUUUCGACCUCCUCUCUAGGAGAUCAUAA